AUGAGUACUAUAGCCAAAUCUAAAGGCACUCACCCUCUCCUGGCCAAGUACCUUACCGAACUUGCUCUCCAUCCUCUUCGGACGAAGUCUAUUACCACAGGUACAUUAUGUUUCUUGCAGGAGGUACUCGGAAGCAACCUUGCUGGCACCCCCGCCAAAGUUUCAAAAGACUCGUCGCCUCUGGUGCGGAUUCUGGCCAAGGCACAUGUCGACGCCAAAGCCGUCAAGAUGGCUAUCUACGGUUUCUUGGUCUCUGCACCGCUAAGUCACCUCCUUAUUGGGUUGCUCCAGAGAGCAUUUGCAGGAAAAACCUCUGCGAAGGCUAAGAUUGCUCAAAUCCUUGCCAGCAAUCUUCUCAUAUCCCCGAUACAAACAUCUGCGUUCCUCGGGUCUAUGGCCUUGAUCAAUGGUGCCACCUCACUAGACGAAGUUGUCAAGACUGUGAAAGCCGGGUUCUUCUCCGUGAUCAGGAUAUCCUGGGUAGUCUCUCCAUUGUCCAUGACGAUUGCUCAGAAGUUUGUGCCCAUUGAUUUAUGGGUGCCAUUUUUCAAUGCCAUUCAAUUCGUGCUUGGAACUUAUUUUAAUGUUCGAGUUAAACAACUCAAGCUGGCAGCUGCCAGGAAAGAGAGGUUGGAUCGCGAGGCAAAGGAGAAAGACCGGAAGGAAUAG